GGUGUUUCUACAGUCCCCUGAAGACUUCUUUGCACGCCCCAAGCCUGCCAAACCUCCUCGCAAUCUCUCCGAGAGGCUCCAAGUCGCACCUUCACCACAUUUCUGCGCAUUCAGCUGACUAUCUGUCCGCUGCUCAUCUCUAUCGUGUUGAAAAGUCCUACAAAGGUCUUCCAAAGUCACAAAUUCCAGCGAAUCGUCCUGCUUCCCACUGCAGAAACUACUCAUAAAGCCACAGUGCUAAGCUUCACUAGCAGAACAUUCAACUACUCCAGUAUGGUCAAUUUUGUCGGCAAACUCUGCCUUGCUCCAAUGGUCAGGUCAGGUGAAAUAGCCACCAGACUUCUAGCCCUCAAGCACGGAGCAGACCUCGUGUGGACGCCUGAAUACGUCGACAAGAAGAUCAUCCAGACCACCAGAGUCCAAAAUUCUGCCAUCAACACCGUGGACUACGUGGUGGAACAGACCCACCAGGCUAAAGGUGGCAAAGAAAGCACCACCUCGCAAAAGGUGGUGUUCAGAACGCAUCCACCCAGCGAGUCAGGCAAGCUCAUCUUCCAACUCGGGACCUCUGACCCAGAGCUUGCUGUAUUAGCAGCUAGCAAGGUGAUUCAGGACGUGGAUGGCAUUGAUCUCAACUGCGGGUGCCCCAAGCCGUUCUCCACCCACUCGGGAAUGGGUGCUGCCUUACUUUACACGCCAGACCUCUUGUGCUCGAUCUUGUCCGCUUUGGUGGAAAAAGUGGGUGUUCCUAAUAAAAAAACCAUCAGUUGUAAGAUCAGAUUGCUCGACGACUACGACGCCACCUACAACUUGAUCUCGCGUAUCUGCGACACGGGAAUUGCCAACUUGACUAUCCACUGCCGUACCAGGCUGAUGAGAAACAGAGAGGACCCUAUUUGGAAGUAUUUGACCCGAUUAAUCCCGUAUGUCCAAAGCAGAGGCAUCAGUGUGGUGCUCAACGGCAACUUACAGUCCAGAUUGGACUUCGAGAACCUCCAGAAAGUGUUCAAUGACCAGGUAGGAGGAAUGAUCGCCGAAUGUGCCGAAGCAAACGCAUCCGUUUUUGGAAAACCAGAACCCGACCAAAAGGAUACCAAAUUGCCCUUGAUUGCCAAGGAUGUGAUUGCCCAGUACUACUCUAUCGCCAAGAUCUACAACUACGACGCUUUGGCCAACACAAAGUUCAUGAUUUUGAACAAGACCCCAGGAAAGUCCAACUACUACAAGCGGUUCUCUCAGCUGAAAAGCCUCGAGGAUUUCGACAACGUGAUGGAAGAUUUGUCUGCCGACUCUGAGGAUGUGCUCAUGAACAAGAUCUACACUAAAGACCUCCAGAAACAGAAGCUGUUGACUCCAGACGAGUACGUGGACUUCAUGGAAAAGAGAUACGAAAUGAUGAAGAAAUUGGUGGGUGAUAAAGAAGAGCCUAAGGCCGCCGACUCGACCAAGCGAAAGGAAGCUCCGGUUUUUAGUGAUAAAGCCAAGCAGCAGAAGACGGUGAUAAGCACCUAAAUCGUGCUAGAGACAUCCAAACAUAGCAUAGAUCCGACAACGAGUAUAUAGAGUAAUUUUGAUUUACACAAUCGUCAGUCGUGAAUACAUAAUUUAUUAGAGGUUUUCUCCAGGGAUUAAUGGUAGUAAAUUUGUCCAGUUAGGAAUGAUU